AUGGCUUCACAUGCGGCAUCUGCUUGCAGAACGCCCAUCCUACUCGCCAUCGUUUUGGCCGCGUUGGUCCUGCCAUCCUUAGCUUGUCGGAAGGCUCGAGCUCCAGCUCCGGCGCUGGCUCCGGCCCCGGCUCCGGCGCCCGUGAUACUGUGCCAAGAUUGUGACUCGCGGUGUCAGUCGGCGUCGAUGUGCGAUGCCUACGUUGCAGCGGCGGGCUGCGGAAAUGCCUGCAGCGGCGCGACGCCGGACUGCGAGCCCUGCAAGUCCGAGGUCCUCCGAAUCUGCUUGCCCAGCUGCAACGAGGGCUGCCCCAAGAACUGCGCUGAGUGCGACUGUCCCAGGGUAUGCGCCAAUGCCUGUGGCGACGGCGCCAUGCGCCAGUGUAAGGAGAAGUGCGUCUACUCCUUCUACGCGGUCGACUCCUGCCACAAAUGCUGGGACAGGGCCCGCGCGCGGUGCACCGAUGCCUGCAACAGCGACUGCAAGGCCAACUGCGUCAGCGGCUGA